AAAAUAACAUUCGUAUAAGAUUCAAUUUAAUACUACUUCAAUGGAAGCUUAGAAGUAAAAGCUGUAAGCCUCACUUUAUCAUCAUCAUCUUCUUCUGAAUAGAAGAAUUAUAAUAUGGGAUUACAUCACAGAAAAUUGAUCCCAGAAAUAUGCGACUCGAUUUGUCACAUAAACGAAGCUUUACCUAAUUGUUCAUCUAACAAAGAUUGCACUGUUUGCUUCAAUAUCUGUUUAACCAAUCUCCAAAACCCUAAUUACUAUUCUUCACCACCACCACCACCACCGCCACCACCGCAACAAGAAUUUCCUUUCUACAAUUCAAAUCAAAACCAGCACAAAAUCAUCAAUUACUUCAUCAUCACUCUUUCUCUUCUUGCUCUUAUUUUCUUCCUUGUUUGUAUUCGUGCAAUUUAUGUCAAUUGUAGGUCAAGAAGAACAAGAACAAGGUUAAGGACAGUGGCAAGGACAAGAACUCCACCACCACAAUCAGCAACUCGAGAAAUCGAUAUGAAUUUUGAUGAUGAACAACAUGAUGAUGAUUCUAUUGUGGAUCAUCCGAUUUGGUAUAUUCGAACUCAAGGUCUUCAACAAUCGGUUAUAAAUGCAAUUAGUGUUUGCAAGUAUAAGAAAGGCGAAGGUUUGAUUGAAGGAACGGAUUGUUCUGUUUGUUUGAGUGAGUUUGAAGAAGAUGAGAGUCUUAGGCUUUUACCUAAGUGUCAUCAUGCUUUUCAUUUACCUUGUAUUGAUACUUGGCUUAGUUCUCAUACUAAUUGUCCUAUGUGUAGAGCUCCAAUUGUUAGUACUAAUCCUGCAAUUGCGAGGGUUGAGUCUUUGGAAUCUAUUGUUGUUGAUUCUGGUGCACAAAUUGAGGUUUCUGAUGAAAAUAGGGGUGAAACUGAAUCCAAUUUAGGGUUUGAAAAUAGGGUUUUUGAUUCUGAAUUGAGUAAUGGGGCUGUAGAAGAGGAAGAUGAAGGAGGGCAAUUGGAGGUAUGUGAAAAUGAAAGGCGGGUUGUUGACGCGGUUAGCGGUAGUAUUAGUACUCGGCCUAGGAGAUCGGUUUCUAUGGAUGAUUCUUUUGUUGCAGGUAUCAAUAAUGAUGUUGCAACUGUUAUAUCAAAAGAACCUAAUGGUAAUGAAGACAGUGUUUUGAAGUUUAAUGGAAGUGAGAAUUUGGCAACUACAUCGAAAGGUAGUACUAGUAGUAGUUUUUCUUUUAGGUCAGCAAGAUAUUUGCAGGGUGUUGCUAGUCCAAUGAAGAGAUCAAGUUCAUAUAAUGGGAAGUUUCUUCUGUCUUGGUAUAGCCGGAAUCAGAAAAAGCCAAAUGCUAUUCUGAGAAACUUUUGAUUAAAUUGUGUUACUAUUAUUAGCUUUUAUGUUAUAACUUCAUAAAUGAAGUUUAUACUUGUAAGUCAGUAACUCUCAACAAGCUGAGAGGCUGAGAUUUUCAAAGUUUUCUGUAUGCAUUAAAAAAACUAUGUGAUGCAUCAAGUGUAUAUGAUAAUUUACAAAUAAAUUGUGCUCAGUUUUUGUUCA